AUGUCUUCCAUUUUUGCCAAGGGAUAUUCUUUUCUCAUCCCCAAUUUUGAGGUAGGAGAAGCGGAUCGGUUGCCGAAGAAAGUUGCAAAGGACACAAGAAUCCAUGAAGUGUUUUUGAGUUUCAGAGGGAAAGACACGCGCGCUUCUUUCACGGCGCAUCUCUAUGCUGCUCUUCGUAACGCGGGAAUCCUUGCUUUCAAGGAUGAUACGUCGCUUCUGAGAGGAGAUCACAUUUCACCGGCGCUGCUGAAAGCAAUCCAAGUGUCUGAAAUAUCUGUUGUUGUAUUCUCGACCAAUUAUGCAACUUCAGCGUGGUGUAUGCAAGAGUUGGAGACGAUAAUGAAGUGUCAUAGAAACACAGGGCAGGUGGUAGUUCCAGUGUUCUAUUACGUUGAUCCCUCUGAAGUGCGACAUCAAACGGGUGGGUUUGGAAGCGCAUUUCGAAGCCUUGAGCGCAGGAUUUUAGCAGAGGAAAACGAGGUGAGUCUAAGGAUGAGCAUGUUUAAAAGGAAAUUCAACCUCCAGAAUUGGAAGGAGGCACUUGCUGAGGCUGCUGGCAUCUCAGGGGUGGUAGUUGAAUAUGCAAGGGAUGAAAAUGAGGCUAUAAAGAACAUUGUUGAAAAUGUAAUACGUUUAUUAGACAAGACAGAGUUGUUUGUUGCUGAUAAUCAAGUGGGAGUAGAAUGUAGAAUACAAGAUAUCAUUCAGCUACUAGACCUUGAAACUCCUAAUAACGUUCUACUACUAGGGAUGUGGGGAAUGGGAGGCAUUGGUAAAACAACCAUUGCAAAAGCAGUUUACAAUAGGAUUGGCCGCAAUUUUGAGGGAAAGAAGAGAAGUCUUGUAACAGUUGAUGCUAAAAACAAGCUUGGAAUGCAUGAUUUGGUGAGGGACAUGGGAAGAGAAAUCAUUCGUGCAGAGUCACCAAAGGAGCCUGAGAUGCGUAGUAGGCUAUGGUUUCAUGAGGAUGUUCUUGAUGUACUAUCAAAAGAAACUGGAACGAAAGCUAUUGAGGGACUGACUUUGAACUUACCAAAAACUAAUACACAAUGUUUGAGCACUGAAGCUUUUAAAGAGAUGAAGAAACUCAGGUUGCUUCAACUUGUGGGUGUACAACUUGAUGGAGAUUUUAAACAUCUUUCCAAAUAUCUUACAUGGCUUUGUUGGCAUGAAUUUCCUUUAGCAUGCAUACCAGCAAACUUUUAUCAAAGAAGUCUAGUUUCCAUUGAGUUAGAAAGAAGCAAUGUUACACAUCUGUGGGAAAAGGCCCAGAUGAAGUUGAAAAUUCUAAAUCUUAGUCAUUCUCAUUGUUUAACACAAACACCAGAUUUUUCGAAUUUGCCUAAUCUUGAAAAGUUGAUACUCAAAGAUUGUUCAAGGUUGUCUGAAGUUUCUCAUACCAUUGCGCAUUUAAAUAAAGUUCUUCUAAUAAAUUUGGAAGAUUGUAUUAACCUUUGUAACCUUCCCAGAAGUAUCUAUAAAUUGAAAACUCUUGAAACACUCAUUCUUUAUGGAUGUUUAAAGAUCGACAAGUUGGAAGAAGACAUGGAACAAAUGGAAUCUUUGACAACGCUCAUCGCAGAUAAGACUACAAUAAAAACAAUGCCCUUGUCAAUAGUUAGAUCAAAAAGCAUUCGAUACAUUUCUUUGUGUGGCUAUGAAGGAUACUCAUGUGAUGUAUUUCCUUCUAUCAUUUGGUCUUCAGUGUCACCAACAAAUACUCUGUCAUCCCGGGUUCAAACAUUUGCUAGCAAGCCAUUUCUUGUUUCUUCAGAUGUACUUAAGACCAGUUCUUCUCACCUAUUAUGUACUUCCAAGGACCUUCCAAAGCUUCAAAGUCUUGUGAUAGAGUUCGAAUCAGAAAUUCGACUAUUUCAAGAUGCAAGAAGUAUUUUAGAUGCUUUAUGUGCUACAAAAUUUGAGGAAUUAGAAUCAACUACGUCACAAAUGCAUGAUAUGAAUGAUCUUACAUUAAUUGGAUGCAGCAGACAAGUGGACAUGCCAGAAUCAAAACGUUCCUUGAGAUCGCUUUUAAUUCAAAUGGGAAGGAGUUCUCAAGUCACCAGUAUCUUGAAACAGAAAAUUUCACAGGUUUCAGCUCUCUCUCUUCCUCUCUUACACAAUAUGAGUACUAGUGAGUGGGAUGAUUGUUUGUUCCCUAAUGAUAGCUAUCCGGAUUGGUUAACCUUCGGCAAUGAAGGUUCUUCUGUAGUUUUUGAAGUCCCUCGAGUGAACCAACGUACCUUACAGACGAUAAUGUUCCAUAUCCACUAUUCUUCCCCAGACAAUAUAACAUCAGAUGGGCUGAAAAAUUUGCUGGUGAUAAAUCACACAAAGACCACUAUUCAACUUUAUAAAAAAGAUGCAUUAAUCUCUUUCAAAGAUGAGGAGUGGCAGAGGGUGCUACCAAAUAUAGAGCCUGGUAACAAAGUGGAAGUUGCAGUGUUUUGUGGGAGUAGAUUAACAGUGAGCAAGACCAUUGUUUAUCUCAUAUAUGAGUCAAUGGAUGAAAAACUGUAG